AAAAUUAAAACCAACAAUCUAUUUUUCAUCAAAAAUCAUAUGAUCUCACUCUCUUUCGGUCUUUCUCUCUCAACAAACAAAAUCAAAUGUACAAAACAAUAACAAAAACACAACUCCCAAACUUAAAAACAUGCAUUACGUAUAUCCAAUCAUAUGCAAACCAAACCAAUUUACAACAUGCCAAAAUCCUACAUGCUUACAUGAUUGUCAAUGGUUUUUUAGACUCACCAUUUUCCAUCACAAGUUUAAUAAACAUGUACUCAAAAUGUAACCACAUUUCCUAUGCACAUUCUGUUUUCUCUAAUUCUUGUUUAGUACACUCCCCAAAUGUUUUUGCUUACAAUGCUAUUAUCGCGGGUUUUGUUUAUAACGAUAUGCCAAAACCCGCGAUACAAAUGUUUAAAAAAAUGCGGGUGGAGGGUAUUAUGAUGGAUAAGUUUAGUUUCCCUUGCGUUGUUAAGGCGUUUUCGGGUAUUGGGGAUGUUAAGGGGAUGAUGAAUGUACAUGGGUUAGUGUUUAAAUUUGGUUUAGAGAAAGAUUUGUUUGUGGGGAGUGCUUUUGUUAAUGGGUAUUUGAAAAUUGGGAUGGUGGGGGAUGCACGACAGGUGUUUGAUGAAAUGCCUGAACGAGACGUUGUUUUGUGGAACGCGUUGAUUAAUGGGUAUGCCCGGAUUGGGGAGUUUGGCAACGCGUUGGAGUGUUUAAGGAAGUUGCGUGAGGAUGGGAGUUCGCCGAGUAGGUUUACUGUGACGGGUGUUUUAUCCGUGCUUACGUUGAAAGGGGACGUUUAUAACGGGAUAUGUGUUCAUGGGCUUGUGAUGAAGAUGGGGUUUUUUAUGGGUGUGGCUGUUUGUAAUGCUUUGAUUGACAUGUAUGGAAAAUGCAAGUGUCUUCAUGAUGCUUUGAAAAUUUUUGAAGGGUUGGUGAUUAAGGAUAUAUAUACAUGGAAUUCAAUAAUGGGUGUUCAUCAGCAGUCUGGUGAUCAUGAAGGAACUUUGAUGUUUUUCAACAGAAUGUUGCGUGAUGGGGUUUUUAGUCCGGAUUUAGUUACUGUCACGACGGUUCUUCCUGCGUGCUCUCAUUUAGUAGCUUUAAGGCACGGGAAGGAGAUUCAUGGGUAUAUGAUUGUCAAAGGAUUGGGGAAAGAUGAUGGUGAAGAACGAUACGAUGAUACAUACGUUAAUAAUGCUGUCAUGGAUAUGUAUGCAAAAUGUGGAAGCAUGAGAGAAGUUCAACUGGUAUUUGAUCAUAUGAGGGUGAAAGAUACGGCUUCAUGGAAUAUUUUGAUCACGGGUUAUGCAAUGGAUGGGUUUGGCAACGAGGCGUUGGAUUUGUUUCAUAAAAUGUGUGAAUUGGAGUUGACGCCUGACGAGGUGACGUUUGUUGGCGUUUUAUCGGCUUGUAGUCAUGCGGGGCUAGUGAAGCAAGGGCAAGAAAUUUUAAGUCAGAUGAAGUCUAAAUACAACGUAGAACCAACGGUUGAACAUUAUACUUGUGUGAUUGACAUGCUUGGUCGAGCCGGACUACUUGAUCAAGCAUAUGGGUUGCUAUCUGAAAUGCCGAUUGAAUCCAACUCUGUUGUCUGGCGGGCAUUCUUGGCAUCAUGUAUUCUUCAUGGAAAUACAAACCUUGCUGAAAUCGCUGCAAGUAACGUGAUUGAUCUUGAACCCGGGCAUGGUGGUAGCUAUGUGCUGAUGUCUAAUGUGUAUGGCACAAUGGGUCGCCAUGAGGAGGUGAGUGAUGUUAGACAUAAUAUGAGACAACUGGAUGUAAAGAAAACGCGAGGAUGCAGUUGGGUCUAACUUAGCGAUGGGGUGCAUGUUUUUGGAACGGGCGAUCAGACCCACCCUGAUGAAGAUUCGAUUUAUAGAGAGCUAAAUUUGGUGUACUCGAGCAUGUGUCUUGGCCAAAUGACUUGAAAAGGUUCGAACAAAUGGAACGCUUAUAACAUUUGGUGAGCCCCAACAGGACUUAUGCUACCAAAUUAUUGUUAUAAAACUUACAAGUGGAAACUCUUGUUACAUUUUUAACUUGACAAGUUAUAAAGAUUGUAAUAGAGCUUAGAGUGGA